UCAAACCUAAAGAACAUCUGAGAAAACAGAGAAACAUUGUGUUGGUCGGCAAAAAAUGCCACUGAAGGAAAUCACAAGGUACAAAAUCUAGCCAAGAUUCAAUUUUUAUAUCAAGAAAAGAAAAGGGGAAAGCAUAAAACUUUCUGAAAUUACUUCUUUUGAGGCAAGGUAGUAACCAUGACCGCUAAAACCAGGAGGAGAAUGGCCACAGAAAAUGGGGACACAACUACAGCAGAAGAUUCUGUUCUUGUGACUAUGAUCAGUAAUGGGGAAGAUCUAGGUCCUAUGGUCAGGCUUGCUUUUGAAAGCGGGAAGCCUGAUGCCCUUCUACAGCAACUUAAGAAUGUCGUCAAAAAGAAAGAAGUUGAAAUAGAGGAGCUUUGUAAGCUUCACUAUGAGGAAUUUAUUAUUGCGGUGGAUGAGCUGCGUGGAGUCUUGGUUGAUGCAGAAGAGUUAAAGGCUGAGUUGCAAACUGAUAAUCUGAAGCUUCAAGAUGUCGGGAGUGUCCUUCUCUUAAAACUUGAAGAGCUUCUUGAAUCUUUUUCAAUUAAGAAAAAUGUUACAGAAGCAAUUAAGAUGUCAGGCAACUGUGUCCAAGUGUUAGAACUUUGUGCGAAGUGUAACAACCACGUUUCUGAAGGUCGGUUUUACCCUGCUAUCAAGGCUAUUGAUCUGAUUGAGAAAAGUUAUUUGCAGAACAUUCCCGUCAAGCCACUCAGGACUAUGAUAGAGAAGAGAAUACCACUGAUUAAAUUGCAUAUUGAGAAGAGAGUAACCAGUGAAGUUAAUGAAUGGCUAGUUCACAUAAGGAGUACAGCAAAGGAUAUUGGGCAAACUGCAAUAGGAUAUGCUGCAUCUGCUCGUCAGAGGGAUGAGGAUAUGCUAGCCCGUCAAAGAAAAGCCGAGGAACAAAGUUGUUUGGGAUUAGGAGACUUCACUUAUACCCUAGAUGUUGAAGAGAUUAAUGAAGAAUCUGUCUUAAAGUUUGACCUGACGCCUCUUUAUCGAGCAUGUCACAUUCAUGGUUGUAUGGGGAUCCAAGAGCAGUUCCGUGAAUAUUACUACAAGAAUCGCUUAUUGCAGCUGAGUUCAGAUUUGCAGAUUUCAUUGUCACAACCAUUCUUAGAAUCCCAUCAAAUCUUCUUGGCUCAGAUUGCAGGUUAUUUCAUUGUUGAGGAUCGAGUAUUAAGGACUGCUGGUGGCCUGCUCUUGCCUAAUCAGGUUGAGACAAUGUGGGAAACAGCUGUAGGUAAAGUGACUUCACUCUUGGAAGAACAAUUCUCUCACAUGGAUUCUGCCAGUCAUCUCCUCAUGGUCAAGGAUUAUGUGACUCUUCUUGGGUCAACCCUCAGACAGUAUGGCUAUGAAGUGAGCUCGAUUCUUGGGACUCUAAAUAGUAGUCGAGAAAAAUAUCAUGAACUUCUUUUGGCAGAGUGUAGGCAUCAAAUAACUGCUGUAGUCACCAAUGAUACAUUUGAGCAGAUGGUUAUGAAGAGGGAGUCGGAUUAUCAGGCAAAUGUUUUAUUGUUCCAUCUACAAACCUCUGAUAUAAUGCCAGCUUUCCCUUUUAUUGCUCCAUUCUCUUCCAUGGUGCCGGAAUGCUGUCGCAUCGUUAAGUCAUUCAUCAAAGAUUCUGUCAAUUACUUAUCAUAUGGAAGCCAAAUGAAUUUUUUUGAUUUUGUCAAAAAGUAUUUGGAUAAGCUCUUGAUUGAUGUACUGAAUGAAGUCCUACUUGAGACUAUCUACAGUGGUACAACUGGUGUGUCUCAGGCAAUGCAAAUUGCUGCAAAUAUAGCUGUUUUUGAAAGGGCUUGUGAUUUCUUUCUUCAACAUGCAGCCCAACAAUGCGGCAUUCCUGUCCGUUUAGUUGAAAGGCCUCAAGGCAGUUUAACAGCCAAGAUUGUCCUUAAAACUUCAAGAGAUGCUGCUUAUAUUGCAUUACUAAGCUUAGUAAAUGCAAAAUUGGAUGAAUUCAUGUCACUCACAGGAAAUAUCCAUUGGACAGCAGAUGAUGCCCCACAGCAAGGCAAUGAAUGCAUGAAUGAGGUGGUUAUAUAUCUCGACACCCUCUUGUCUACUGCUCAACAAAUUUUACCUCUGGAUGCUUUGUAUAAAGUUGGGAUUGGAGCUCUUGAGCAUAUCUCCAAUUCAAUUGUGGGAACUUUUCUGAGUGACUCGAUAAAGAGAUUCAAUGUUAAUGCAGUAAUGAGCAUCAACCACGAUUUGAAAGCAUUGGAGUCUUUUGCUGAUGAGAGGUUUCACAGUACUGGGCUGAGUGAAGUUUACAAGGACGAUAGCUUUCGAAGUUGCUUGGUAGAAGUUAGACAAUUAAUAAACCUCCUCCUAAGCAGUCAACCAGAGAACUUCAUGAAUCCUGUGAUAAGGGAGAAGAACUAUAAUGCUCUAGAUUAUAAAAAAGUUUCUACUAUCUGUGACAAGUAUAAAGAUUCAGCUGAUGGACUCUUUGGAAGUCUUUCAAGCAGAAACACAAAGCAGAGUGCUCGUAAAAAAUCAAUGGAUGUGUUGAAGAAGAGAUUGCGGGAUUUCAACUGAAACUUAUGAUAAGUGAAUGAGAAACUAGCUUUUUCUGUUAGAAGUAAAUGAAAAACUUUAUUUCCUGCUGAUUUUGCUUCCGAAAGAUUCACAUUAGCUGUAUCUUCGUUUUCAACCAUGUUAGCACUACUUUGGUCAUUUGGAUAAGAACUCAUCAGCUUUGCAGAUAAGAUGCCAUUGACUCUGUUUGAUAGAAUGUCUUCGUAGCAAUUAUGUGAAACAAAAUGGAACUCCAGAUGCAUUUCAUAUUAUGAUAUAUCUUUCCUGCUAGUCUACUCGUCUUUUUUUCCACUUCCACCCCUAAGAAAGUGUUUUUGUGUUGAACCCUAUGGAUACAACUGCACUUCUAACGGUUGGUCUGUCUUGAAAAUCACUUCCCGGUGAAUCCUAUCCAAGGACAUCAGGCACAAAUUUAGCACUUCUGUAAAGUGUUCCACACCAAUAGCUACAGCAGAAACUCUACCUGUAUCUGCAGCAAAAUCAGGUGCGGAGCCAGAAAAUCAAUACAAGACUCCCAUUGUAUUGUCAAUGAAGCGGAGGUUAAUGGAUCUGAAGGAAAGUGGAUCAUGCCAUCUCAUAAGACAACCAAUGUUUUGCUCAUAUUUUCUCUUUCGAUUGUGACACCCUCAUGUCUAUCCUGAUUCCUGAACGAAGGCAGAUCCUUGAUGCUGGUGCCUUAUUAUAGGUAAUGCUUAUGGCUUUCAAUUGCAGAAAGUCAUGCUGUAGUUACCUUCUCAACGUUACCAAUCUCGUGUUUUGCUUCUCUUUUUGUUUUUGGUUCAGCCUGAUUUAUCCAGUUGUUGAGGGCAGCAAACUUGUUCAGAUUUUUAUGUAUUUUGAUGCUUUUUACCUCUAGGUGGGUAAUUUACAUGUCCAUGUUCAUACUAUGGUCA